AUGGCUGUCCACAUGCGCAAGCAUCCUGGCCAACUCACCGUCGUCAUCAAGCUUGGCACUUCCUCGAUAGUCGACGAGAAGACCCACCAGCCCCUCCUCUCCAUCCUCUCUCUCAUAGUCGAGACAGCAUGUAGUCUGCGUGCUGCCGGCCACCACGUCGUCAUCGUCUCGUCGGGCGCCAUUGGCGUGGGCCUACGACGCAUGAACCUCCCACGCCGCCCCAAACACCUUCCACAAGUACAGGCGCUUGCUGCGAUUGGCCAGAGUAGAUUGAUGUCACUGUGGGAUCAGCUUUUUGGCAAUCUGGAGCAGCCGAUUGCGCAGGUGUUGUUGACGAGGAACGACAUCGCAGAUCGCACGCAGUACCAGAAUGCGCAGAAUACCUUUAUUGAGCUGCUCAGCAUGGGCGUCAUUCCAAUCGUCAACGAGAACGAUACGCUGGCGGUUACGGAAAUCAAAUUUGGUGACAAUGACACGCUAAGUGCCAUUACAGCGGGCAUGGUGCAGGCGGACUAUCUCUUCCUCAUGACAGACGUAGACUGUCUGUAUGACAAGAACCCGCGUUCGAAUCCAGAUGCAAAGUCUAUCCCCGUAGUUGAGGAUAUUGCUGAGUUGGCGGCCGAUGUCAGUUCUGCAGGAAGUUCACUGGGCACAGGAGGCAUGAGCACCAAGAUUGUAGCGGCAAGACUGGCAACCAGCGCGGGCGUUACUACAGUCAUCACCAAGAGUAGCAAGCCAGGUAACAUCUCGAGUAUUAUUGCCCAUGCGGAGAAACACAGGAAGUCGAGAAUGUCAAGUCGGAACUCGGUCACCAACUUCCAGGAAGAGGGCACCCACACUCCAUCUCAAGAAGCAAGCCAAGAUCUGUCGGCCUCGACAGCAUCACUAGGGCAGCAACCACUAACGCGAGCGUCAUCCCCACAAACCGAAGACCCCUGUCCCCUGCAUACCCGCUUCCUUCCCAUAUCCAACCCCAUACGCGACCGCUACUUCUGGAUCCUCCACGGCCUAGCCCCCCACGGCACCAUCUACAUUGACCAAGGCGCCUGGGCCGCUCUGAGCGACAAAGCCGGACUCCUCCCCGUAGGAAUUGUAGACGUAGACGGCCACUUUGCCCAACAAGAAGCCGUCCGCGUUGUCGUCGUAAAACGUCUCUCUUCCUCCUCCUCCAAAUCUUCUCAAUCCCAAACUCCCGCUUCACCAAGCCAAGUCCCCACCACCCCCGGUGCAGCAGCCCACGCUGUCCACGCUCCCAUUCCUAUCCGACACCCUCUCACCCCUUCCGCUUCUUCUUCUCAUAUCCAUCAGCUAUCAUCUCCACACCAACCUCCUGCAUUUGAACUGCAUAACCCCGCGCCGUUUGAGAUUGGGCGGGCAGUCGUGAAUUACUCGGCUACGGAGAUUCGGAGGAUCAAGGGAUUGCAUUCUACGCAGAUUAGAGAGGCGCUGGGAUAUGCUGAUAGCGAGUAUAUUGCGCUUAGAGAGAAUAUUGCCUUCUUUGGGGGUGAGCGGUCACGACCUAGUACUCCGGAUUUUAGACAUGGAGCGGAGAAGAAGGUUGAGGGUGCGGAGGUCCAUUGA